UCCAUCAAGGGAUUCAGAUGACUUUUUCUUUUGAACACUCAAAAGCACAAGGAAGUUGCCUUUGGUUUCCUCUAAAAAAUAGACCUUUAGACAAAGAUUCAAGUGUAAGUAGUUUAUUUAGGAGGUGAUCCUAGGAAAUAUCUGUAAAGGAAUUAAGAAGUAAAGUAAGUAGGUGAAGGAGGCUGGUGAAAGACAAUGUAUCAAAGAGUUACCCUGUUGGGGAACUCUAGGAGGUAGUGUAGAAUGCUUCAGAAUGAUCCCAGCUGAAAGGCAAGUAAGAUGGUAUCUAUAUACCAAAUUCCUGUCAGUCAUUGGUUAAGGGCUUCUCCUGGAGACUUUAACUCUUCAGCACUCCUGCUUGCUCUAAGGGUGGCCAAGUAUGCUCUCACUGCUAGAGGAAAGCCCUUAGACAGAGUUCCAAGAAGUCCCUGGAGUGUAGAGGUGAGCAGGCGAGCAACGAUGCCUACUCAGAGGUCCUGGUCAGUGGACCAGUCAUACUUCCUUUUAUAAUAUUGGCAGUUUUAACUGGUUCUGGGGUGCUCCAAACCUCCCCAUCUAGGAACAGAAGCCCCAGAAGUUUCUCACAAGAGCUCUACUACAAUUGUAAAAUCUGGAGAAGUGGGUGUGCCUCUGGUAAGCUACCCCAUUUCAACUUGGUUUGUCUGUUUAGUAAUAUACUAACCAACAUGCCAAGAACAUCAAAUAAAACUUUUAUGUGGUUUGAAAAGCACAACAAAAAUUAAAUUGAUACCAUCUCCACAGGUUCUAACAGUAGCACCAGCUUUGUAUAAAAGAAAGGGGUUUAGAAUUUGAAAAUAUCUUAAAAUUUCAGAUUUUAACUGCACACAUUUUCAUGAACUCUUUCUUCAGUUUCAACAGGGAUGGGGAUUAUUACAUUGGCAGAAGGUGAAUAAGAUAUAUGAGGUCCCAUAUGCACAAAGUGAAAAAACAAUUUCUGAAAGGUAAAAGAAUUGAACAAUGGAAUCUGUUCUUAAAUAUAGUCAGGUGGAAUUUAAUGAUGUGGGAACCACUCUAGAAGUGAACUCAGUGUUCCUUCACAGUAAAAGCAUUUGGCUCAGUUUAAAUUGGAUCAUUUUAUAAAACUCGUUGAUGACAACAUUUCCUCUCACUAUAUCUGGAGGCCUGAAGUAGAUGGAUUUUUUGACUUUUCCUUUAAUCACAAACUUAAUUUGGUCUAUAUGAAAAGAUGUACAGUUUCUCCAGAUAUGCAGAGUAUCAAUAAUAGAGGAGCUACUGGGCAGUGUGCUGCUUCUCAUUGAAUAUUCAGUGUGUGAUAUGAAGAUUUAUCUUGUAAAUAUCACUGGUUAUAGCCUUGUAAAUUCAGAGAUACAUCAUCUACAGUUCAGCUUUGAAUAUAGGGCAAAUGAAGGAAGAAUGGAUUUUUUAAUGAAACGAUCAAAAAGGAUAAUUAAUAUUUCAUAAUCUUAAUUAACUUUUCCACUGCACAUUAAUUUUUAAUGUUAUUUGGGGUAUAAGGUGUGAUUAUUGCUUUCAUAGCCAAAUCAGAUAAUCUGGUCACAAACCUGAAUGUCAAAAGGUAAUGUGAACAUCUUGUUUGGCUUGAGAAAUUAGUCAUUAACUUCCUCAAUUAGCUCUGUGCUUAUUCUGGGGAAAUUGCAUUACGCAAGUGAAUAAGGUUGUAAGCUUUUACAAUAUGAAGCAACUUAUUAAGCAUGUUAGGUUGGAGACCACUGGUAAGAGAUGUAUGAAUUGCUGCAUCUGGGGGAAAAGAGAGACCCUGCCCCAAGGAGCAUGGAAUGAACCAUGUUUCCCAGUGCAUUAACACGCACAAUAGGAUUUAACAGAUCACCUAGCACAGCAGAUUGGUCAGGGCUUCUGUGCUAGUAGACACAUGAUCCCUGAAGCCAAUCAGAAUUACCUCUGCACACUCACUUGCUGAGCCCAGUAGGGGUAAGCCAUGUACACCAACCAGGGCUAGAGGGAAUUGCCCAGGACCAUCAAAACUUUGAUCAUGACUCACUUUCCCUUUGGCCUCAUCUUCCCAUCCUGAAGCUCUUGGAUCCAAGACUCUGACUUUAAUUCCCACUUCUGAGCAACCCCAUCUGAUUGAGCACAUUUACCCCCUGAUCUCUGCGAAGUCAAUUCUCUCUUCUUUCACCUCCCAUGCUCUAGUGACUCUCUGCUUCAGCUGAGAACUCCCUGUUCCAUUCUCUAUUCUGGUGACUUGACUAAUCUCCAGCUGGCUCAGCUCCUGACCAACUCGGGGUUGAAGUAGGAUUUGGGGUAGAAAAGAGAAGGAGGAAUUCAGAUAAUUAACUCCUGGGUGACUAGAGCUUCAGGUUCUGCACUUGCUGCAAAGCAUGCUAGGAUCAAAAAGGCAAACUGAGAACCAACAUGGGAGUCAUGGACAGGUGGCCAAGAACAAGAGAUCCACUUCUAAUUUAUAGGCAGGAAUUGCAUUUUGUAUAAAUUAGAGUAUGCUAAAUUGUGCUGUAAUAACACACAGCCCCAAAACUAGUGUUUUAACAAAAUGAAAGUUGACUUCUUAUACAAGGUAUCCAGUGUGGUACGGUGUGAGGAUCUGUUCCACACAGUCACUCAGGGACCCAAGCUAACCAAGUCUCUGCUACUUUACUCUCCGCAUCAUUUGGGUCCUGUAGACUUUAUGCUCCACAACAGGAGAAAUAGGACUGGGGAAUCUGACAUGAGCUUUUCACUUCCUUGGUGCAAAAGUGAUAUAUGUAACUUCUGGUCACAUUUUACUGGUUAGAACUAAUCAGAUGGCCCUGUAACUUUAAGGGGCUCAGGAAAUGUAGGAGAGAAAGUAUAAUAUUUGGUGAGAAUUCUAUUUCUACCACAAGAUCCAUGGGUAAGAAUCCCAUCAGGAGUGGGCAAGGGUGCUGCCGCUGAAGUUUAGGGAAGUAAGUGCAAGGGAACCCAUCCAAAAGAGAGGUGGAGGAAGGCAACAGGAGAGCCUGGUUUGUCAGGAAGGAGCUCCAAGGAGUCCUCUGCUAGCUGAGUUCUCACUCUGACCAAUAGGAUGGCCUGGGGCAGGGACUGACACGCAGUAUCUCAAGGUCACUUUCAAAGAUCUUUGUUUCACAUUAUUAUGAAGGGAUUUUAAUAAGUGACUCCUGAAUGUAUAGAAUGUAUGUGCCUUUUAAAGACAUAUGCAUACUUGUAUAAUGUUUUGAACUAGUCAGGCAUCAUCCCAGGGGGAAAUGUGCUGUCUUUUGGGUAUCAUUUGGUGGGAGAGCUGCCUACACCUCUGAGUCAUAUAUUUCAUACAUAAAACAGAGCUCAUUUUUGAUAAAUUGUUACUACCAUUUAUUAUAUUAAGUAGUAUACAGGCAUGACCUCACAUAAUCUUGUCCAUAAUCCUAGAAGAUUAUUAUUAACAACCCCACUUUACAGACGAGACUAUGAUUUUCAGGGAGGUUUAGUUAUAUAGCUAGUAAGUGGCAGAGUUGGGAUUCAAAUCUAGGUCUCAUCUGAAUUCAUUGUCUCAUAUCUGAUUGCUAGAAUUAAAUAGAUUAAACGUAUCUGGCUUUAACUAGGAGCUCAAUAAUGUUGAUUUUCUUCCUCUGUUUUUCCUUCUUCCCUCUCAUCCCUGGGAUCCCAGCCAAAUAACUCAUCACUUUGGGGGGAUUCCUUUGGGGAUUUCUCUUCUGAGAAGAGCCAGAAAGCCACUUACACAAUGAUUUCUCCAACUGAGCAGGUGAUGGGAGGGAGAGCAGGUGGUGUGGGGGACUGAAUGCACGCCCUUGCCACCCGCCUUCUCCCCCUCUGUCCACUGUUGGUCUGGGAGAGGUAGGACCAGAAAGAGUCCUGUGCCUAUUUACCUCCACAAAAAUAAGAAUAAGAGUGGUAGCCUUCACCCCUUCCUUCUCUCCUUUUUCAGUAUUUCUGUCCUUCAUGCUCUUUCAGUUAUUUGUUUACAGCUGGAGAAAGUGAUUCACAUGGUAACACAAAACUUUUCUCCUUUUUAAACAGGGAAAGCUCUACCAAUUGCCAGCUCUUCUCAAACAUGAGGUCAUUUUAACCUUAUUCUUAAAAAUAUGUAGCUCCAUCAACCAGAGUCUGGGUUCGUUUUAUCCUGAGAUCCAGAUGUCCUAGGGAAGUGGGGUUGAAGGUGGGAGGAUGUGGUUCUACAUCUUGAGAACAAGACUCUGCGUUGUUUUGUUUUUGUAAUUUAGAGGAGAACAGGGGAUGCCUCUUUAUGGCACCCAGCAUGGAGCCUGGGGAUAUUUCUUUCCUUUUAUCUCAUUCUAUAAGUAAACUGGAUGACUGCCAGGGAAAAAGUAAUCUGGGACAUGAUUCUUAGUGUCUACUAUAGUGAACUGCUCUGAAAACUCCGGCUGCCACUUGGUACAAGUUUCAGUGUCUUUAAAGGGUAUUUUGAGUCCUCAUGCAUGGGAAACUUGAUACUUUUUCUUCAUCUAGUUUCCACUUAAAAAGAAAAUUAUCAGGGCUUCACUGGUGGCGCAGUGGUUGAGAGUCCGCCUGCCGAUGCAGGGGACGUGGGUUCGAGCCCCGGUCUGGGAAGAUCCCACAUGCCGCGGAGCGGCUGAGCCCGUGAGCCAUGGCCUCUGAGCCUGCGCGUCCGGAGCCUGUGCUCCGCAAUGGGAGAGGCCACAACAGUGAGAGGCCCGCGUACAGCAAAAAAAAAAAAAGAAAGAAAAUUAUCAGACUCACAGAAUGAUUUAGAGUUUCUCUGUAAUCAAAUGCUAAUAAAUAUGUAUUGCUGAUUUGCUUAUUGCUUAACAUGUGAUGGGUGACGGGCUAUUUUCUCGGUGAUUUUAAGGAUAAUAGUGAUUCACUACCACUAGUCUAGCAAGGCCAAAUUCAUUCUUAGUUAAAAAUUUAAAUGCUGCUCUCCUGACUUAACUCAGUAAGGUAUGUGUAGCCCUAGGAAGUGUCUGUCAGAGGGUAAGAAAGCCACCAAUUUGUUAGUUUUUAGAAUUUUUGUCCCAAAGAUGGGUUUGGAGCCUCAUGUGUUUUCUGUUGCUGUGAAUUGCUAUUGAAGGUAAGAACAUCUUAGAUCAGGAUGACAAGACUUUGACCGUGGGUUACUGAGUCAUCAAAGGGAGGACAUACUGCAUCUCCCAGGCUGCUCAAGAAUUGAGAAAAUCAUUCCCCUCCAUCUGCUUUGCAUAUGAUGGGACAGGGCAGUGUAGAGAGUAUGCACCUCUUUGGGGAACAUGCAACCAUCUUCCUCUUAACACUUAUGCUUCUAUUGUCAAAACCAUUCACUUGGCAGUUGCACUUGUCACAUUCUGUUCAUAUUGUGAGUGAAAUGUCAUGUGUAAGAGUCUAAUAUCUCAACUGGAUGGGGAGUUCUUCAAAGCAAGGGGCUGAGCUUUCUACCCCUUUGUGUCCUUGUAUCUUCCAGCUUUGAACUUCGUAUAUAAUGAUGCGUAAUGCACCAUUCAUUAUUAUGAAUUAUGUAUUAUUGUUAUGAAUUAUUCGUAUGAUCCUUAUUAUGACUCAUUAUUCAUACCUGAUGAAAAUUCAGUCAAAGUUAAAAGUACACACGACGCUUUCUUUCUCAUGCAUUCAUGUAGAAUCAAGACAAGCUUAUCUUGACUCAAGGCCCACAGCUCUUGUAUGGGGAUCUUUCUUUAUAGAAGGUUUAUACUCAGGAUACAAUUUAUUUAAUUCAGUGCAUAUUUACUGAGCUUCUAUCAUGUGAAGGGUUAUAGGCUAUAACAAAGAAAUAAGAUAAUAUCCAAGCACUCAGUGAGCUUAUAGUGUAAUCCAUGAACGAUGCAUAGAUUUCAACUUAAAUGUCCACCUCAUCAUCAUUUGAUGAUGGCUGCUUGGAUUGCUGACCAGGUCUAGACUCAGUAGGAAAUAAUGCUAUGAUUAAUUAGCAAUGUCUACCAUUUUAUUUAGGAAUGGAGCAUGGUAGCAUGGGUGCCACACAUUCACAAUCCCCAAUUUGCAGAAUAAAUACAAAGUCCAGAUAGUAGAAGAAGCUUGUAUUUAGUAGAAUCCAAUCAGUCAAUAACUUAACGUUUGUUUUGGUACAAAGUAAGUACCAAACAAAUAUACAAAUUAUAUGAAAUAAUUAUGUAUUUGUCUGCUUUUGGCUGCCAUAACAAAAUACCAUAGACUUGGUGGCUUACAUAACAGAAAUUAAUUUUCUCGCAGUUCUGGAGGCCAGAAGUCCAAGAUCAAGGUUUUGGUCAAUUCAGUUCCUGUGAGAGCUCUCUUUCUGACUUAUGGAUGGCUGCCUUUUAUACACAGAUGACCUCUUUUCUGUGUUCUUUAGGAAAGAGAGUGAUAAGGCCCUGUGGGAUCAGGGCCCCAGCUUUAUAACCUCAUUUAACCUUAAUUACUUCCUUAGAGGCCCUAUCUCCAAAUACAGCCACAUGGUGGGGAGGUGGUUAGGGCUUCGACAUACGAAUUUUGGGAGAACAUAUUAAGUCCUUAACAAAAUGUGAUAGAAAAGAUAGGUGUAUGUCUCCUAUUUGGAGAAGGGGAUAUCAUAGGAGGUACAGAUCUAGACAGGGUUAUCAGUUUUGAAAAAAGCAAGACAUCAAAGUCGAUUUCUUAAUGUUUUUCACAUUAGCUGCAUUUAUGAGUUUUAAACACAUCUGAUCUUAUGGGUUGUUCAUAAUAACUUAAGUCAUCUGCAUAGUGCAAUUUAAAAAAUUAUAUUAAAUAAGCCAAUAGUUCACAGUAACAGGUGGUAGACAGAUUUGUAAAUGUAUACUUAACAAAAGCUUGUACACUUUUCUAAAUCUUAGCAACACCUAGUAACUAACCACUAAAAAAAUACUAUCCAUCAGAUGAUAUUAACUGCAAACAUUUUGCCUUGGAAUAUGUCACCCUUCCUCUAACUACCAACAAACCUCAUUUUUAUAUUGGUGUGUCCUUAAUAGACUGAAAAUAUCAUAUUUGUUUUUAUGGCUAUACCCAUCACAGUGGAAUUAAAAAAUUUAAUUUAAGGUAACAUUUGCUCUCAGUGAAAUUUAAAUCUUGAUCCAGGCUAGUUUUUGGUUUAUGUGUGUGUUUUUAAAAUUUUCUCCCAAGAAGAUUUAUUUAUUAAAGUGAUAAGAUACUAGAGUUAGCCAUUACCCAUAGAAGAAUAGAAAAUAUAUGUGUUUGAAUUUUGACUCCAUCCAGCCCUUGCUUAUCUCUCCACCCCUCCAGGAUUUUAUAUUUCAGAGUAAAAAAAAUUAAAUAACAUUUAUUCUUUAUUAUUAAAGUAAAAGCCAACCUGGGUUUUAAUAGAACUCUUAGCUUCAAAUGGGUCAUAAUGCUUUGUCAUUUCUUUUGUCCUGACAUGAUUGAACUGGAAGAACACCCAUGCUGAUGAUAAAAUGGAUUCCCUUGAUUUUAAUCACAAAUAGAACCUUCAUAAAAUGUUUUAAUAAAUUCUUGGUUAAGGUCUAGAAAGUUACAGGGAAUAUUUUAUUAAUCCAUAUUCUUAUCUCAAAAUGACUUUCUCUUUAAUUAUUAACAUGGGAACGAUGCAGUGAUUCAAGGUGACACAGCAAUGUAUGACUGAGUAAUGUUUGAAAUGUACAUGUGACAAAGAUCUGAGAAUUCUGUAAACAGGGAAGCGUUUCAUUCAAAAAAAUUUUAAAGAUAAUCAGCUUUUUCAUGGCUUUGAACCAUAACAUAGUAUAAUAGAUGGAAUUAUCUGUUAUAUUCACUGAUGUUUGUCAUAUAUAACUACUAUUAUGUAUGUUAUAUAUAAAUACUAUACUGUAUAUAAAUACUAUACUAUUAUGUUACAUAUAAAUACUGUAACUACUAUAUUAUAACUAUUAUACUGUGUUAUAAUAAGUAUAGUAUUUUUCCAGUUAAAAUACAUAUCCUCUAUAGAUCAGAACAAAGAAUAUAAAAAUCAUACGUAAUUCCACCACUCACUGAAUUAAUAUAUUUAAGGCAGAGAUAUCUAACAUUAUUUUAAUGUACAAUCCUCCUGUUUUUAAAAUUGGAAUUACAUGGCAUAUUUUGGAGUGCUACAUUUGCUUAGUAAUAUAUCAUAAACAUAUUCUUAUAUCACUACAUAUUAAUUAAAUAUAAUUCUAUCAUAUAGCUAUAUCAGAAUUUAUUUAACCAAUCCCCUAUUUCUGAACAUUUACAUUAUUUGCAAUAUUUUGUUAUUUCAAGUAGUAUUGCCUCAAAAAUCAUUUUAUACAAAUACGAUGAUUGUACCUAAAUUAUUUUUAUUAUGAUAAAUUCCUAAAAGUGGAAGUUUUGGGUUAAAGACUGAAUAUUUUUAUGGAUCUCGACAAAUAUUGCUUUUCAGAAAGAUGUACCAUUUUAUAUUCUUAUCAGUAAUUUGAAAGUGCUCUUUUCUCUACACCCUGGCUAGCAAAGUGUGUUACAACUUUUUAUGCUUGUCAGUUUGAAAGAAAAAAGUAUGAUAGUAUGAUAUAUUAUUUUUAUUUACUUAUAGGCUUAAUUCUGGGCUUAGAUCAGAAUACGGAAGUACAGAAGGAAGUAUUGUCAGUCUGUCUCACUGCUCUAAAUACUAAUCUUAGAUAUCUUUUCAUUAAUCCAUUCAACAAAUGUUUUCUGAGUGCCUCUUCAAAAAAGAAAAAGAAUUUAGAACGUAAAACUUUAUAUUUGACACGUUAGUCAUACUUCUCAGUUGAAGGCACGUUAUCACUAUGGUCCAUGCCAGGAAGCUUUCUUGUUUUAUUUUAUUAUUUCCUCUCCUUUCCUCCUGAUCCCCACUUCAUUUUCUUUCUCUUCUAUAAGCAGCCAUUCUAGUGUGUUUAACAUAGGAUAUACAUUUUUCUUGAAGAAUAUAUAGUGUUUUGUGGUUUCAAGUAUAUGCAUUUUUAACUUACAUAAAUUGUAUUUAUAAAUAUUGUAUAUUUUACAUUUUCCACUACUAGACAGCAAAUUAAAAAAAAUAAACUCUACCCCUGUUGUUGUGAGCAUGUUUAGAUUUCUGCUUCUAAGUGCUGCAAAAAAUUCUAUGGUGUACACCUGUGGUUUAAAGAAGGAGGAAAAUGUUUGUGAUUAAUUCAUCAUUCUGAGAAGAUCAAAUGAACAUUUAUGUGUUAUUUCUUGAAUAAAGGAGAUCAUAGUAAGUUGUGUGGUUACAUAUGUAUACAGUGGAUCUAUAAGUUUCUGAGAAGGCUGCAAGAUCUUUCAGGAAAGCUUACAUUGGUAGCAUCCCUUUAGAAUAUCAACACUCCUGGGGAAAGUAAGACUCUGUGUCCAUCUUGCGCACCCAUCCCGUGGGGCAUGUGCAUCAUGACACUGACCUUGGGUGGGGGCAUUUGGUGUCACAUACUGUGGUGUGCCUAUCCCACCCUGCCAUGGGGUACUGCAGCCAGGAAUACAACACUACCCGCUGUCUUGUUUCCUCAGCGUCACCCACAAUAUCUGGCACAUAGGAGACGCUAAAAACUGUUUGUUGAAUGGGAUGAGUGAAAAGGAAUCAAUCUACGAUGACUCUUAGAGCAAUAAGAUAAGGAGACAAGGAUUCCUACUGCCCAAGAUGUGAAGGAUUUCCAAGGAAACAGAGCACAGGCUCCGGACGCGCAGACUCAGCGGCCAUGGCUCACGGGUCCAGCCGCUCCGCGGCAUGUGGGAUCUUCCCGGACCGGGGCACGAACCCGUGUCCCCUACAACGGCAGGCGGACUCUCAACGACUGCCCCACCAGGGAAGCCCCCUCUUCCUUCCUUUAUUGCAGUGUGUGUGUGUGUACACACGUAUAUGUGCUUAUAGAUGUAUGUAUCCGGUAACUUACAAAGAUACAUACAGAGCAAGGUAAAAAAGAAAUGUGGAAAUUUGGAGAAGGAAAUUUGAAAGUAAAAACAUGACGGAAGUCAGAAUUAGUCAAAAAAAUUAUACUCCUGAAGUCUUGUCUAAGUAACUGAAUGUGGGCCACAAGUUUGGAUCUGACUUCCCAGCACCCAGUGCAAAGAGGAAUACACACCAGUUGCAUAAUUCAGUCUUUGGAAGAUUAAAACUAAUGAGUUGCCAAGAAACCUCAUGGAUUAGGGUGCAGUGUCAUGACAAGGCACUGUGGGAUAUACUCAGCAAUGUCCUCAAGAGCAUCUCCCAUUGCACCGAGGAGUUCUGUAGGGCAUGAUGGGAGCCUGUAGGGUUUGGAGAAAACAGAAAAGAUAGAAUAUUAAACUCUGGCUGGAGCUAAACUUUCUGCUAGGAUUGAGCUGGGUUAGUCUGAGUCUCUACCUAUAAUUUUCUGUAGUUUGAUAUUCUAUUUUAAAUGCUGAGCUAGGGGUAUGCACUGGAGGUUAUGGGAGUGGAGAAGGAUACUCACUUCUGCCUCCACUGGAGAAGUGUGGGCUGAUGCCAGAGACCUGGAGGAGAUGUUGCCCAUGGAACGAUACACUGUGAGUUGUCCAGGGGAAAAAGGCGGGGAAGGCAUUGAGAGAACAGCACCAGGGGGGCACAGAGGUAUAGAAAGUGCCCAUAGGGAGCUACGGGCAGCUUGGCACUGGAUAAGUAUGAAAUAUGAGGCAACGUAGGGUGGGGGGGAGGGCUGGAGAAGCAGGCAAGGGCAGACUGUGCCCGUCUUCCGUGCUCUGGUAAGGAAUGUGGCUUUGCUCUGUGGAGAGAUACUGAGAUGCCACUGAAGGGAUUUAGGCAGGGGAGUUGUAUCUGCUAUCGAUAGCAUUCACGCUGCACAAUGAAUCUCCCCCAAACUCGGUGGCCCAAUAACAAUCACACAUUCUUGCACACAGAUCUGAGUCUGUGAGGGGAGGGUGGCCAUGCUUCAGGGUGGCCCUGUGUGAGGCCCAGACUGAAGCCAAAACAGCCACCCAAAGUUAGCUCUUUUCCCCGUGAAGUGUGGAAGUACAAGAGGGUGAGUUCUCACCAGAGAAGGGUUACACCCUCAGGUGCACCCACUCUCCAGUAGCAAAGCAAGUCCUGUGGCCAAGCACAAUAUCAUCAAGAGAGGAUAAACUCUGCCCCCCUCAGUGGGAGCUACUGCAAAGUUGCAUGGCAGAGAUGGUAUGAAUUAUACAGGGAGGUUGUGAAGAAUUAUGAACAAUGAUUCAAUCUACCUUAGGGGGGACACAGCUGGACUUGACUUUUUAGGUAGUUCACUUGGGCAGUUCUGUGGAAACCAAAUUCGAGACAGGUGAUACUGAAGUCAGAUGGACCCGUGAGGAUGGUCAGGUGAGACCUAGUGAGAAUCUGGGUUGGACGAUUAGUGAGCUGUGAUGGAACAGUUAGUUCAAAACAAAUGAGGUAAAACCAUCAGGACCUAAUGACUUAGAGUCAUUUAUGGCUGGUUUUGAGCUACCUCCAUUUACUGUAUACAGAGUCCACUGCUAAGGUUUGCAUAUGAAAUUGUUAGUUGCCUAUCCAAUAUUUGUUUUCUUAUUUCUUAUUAAAACAACUUUGAUUUUACUUGUGGCAUUGAUAUGCUUAACUUAAAAAAAUUACCUAGCUUCACUUGAAGCUGCGAGGUGGUCAGAUGGCAAACCCGGGCUAUUAGGAUAUAAGUGAGAUUCACUGGGUCAUAUUACCAGGAGAACUUGUGCCAUUUGCUUCUACCUUCUUCCUGCCUCAAAUGUAGAUGGAUGGCUGGAGCUCCAUGUAUAAGCAGACGCCCACAGUUCAAACUCUUGUUGUUCAACGGUCACCAGUACUAGCGGAUGCUGGGUGCGGGGGACCAUGGGUCAAUGUGAAGAGGCCAUCUGUCUGCUAACUGGUACUUAUUGAAGUUAGGCUUCUCCCUCCCAGAGAGAUAUAUCAUCCCUGAUGAUCGAUCAUGCUUGGAUCCAAGGACCAUCAUCCUUGAUGGUCACAUUUCAAAGGGAUGGCUCCCAGGUCCUUGAGAAAGAAUUCCUGGGUGGUAAAACUGGUGAGAAGCUGGGAGAUGAUCGACAGUUCAAGGGUGCAGAGAAAGAAUUGACAAUGGAAAGUUUUCUAAAGUAAAUGUUCUACGUAAAGGGAGGUCAGGGACCUUUGGUCAGGAAGAAACCUGUCUGAAGUGUAGUCAAGCUGAGGGGAACUUGAAGGCCAUCUAGGUCAGAGGGCAACACCACCUUGCAGGCUGUCCAGGAAGUCUGGUCUCAGAAGUCCUCAGGUGAUCAUUUCUUAACAGGUGGCAGCUUUAUCAGGGGACACACACUGACCAGCUGGUAAGGGUCUCUGACUUAGGUUCUCAUCCUACUGGAUGGAGAUGAUUGCCUCUGCACUCCGGUUUUCUGAAGCCCCCUGGGGGCAAAUCCCUGCAGUUUUCUGACCCUGUCUCCAUCCUGGAGAGGAGAGGAUUCACCUAAGUGACAUGCCAGGAUCAAAUACAUCCAAUUCUUCAGGCAAAAGAACAUGUUUUCAGCUCAGAGAUGAUUCCAUGCGACUUCGUGUGAGAGUAGAACUGGGGAGGGGAAGGGACUCUUGUAGCCCAAAGUUAGUACUCAGGGACACAGAGUACCCCUUCCAGAAAUUACCAUCAUAAACAGCCAAGGCAGUAAUACAGGGCAGCCUGCGGCACAGAGGAAAAUGAAAAUCUCCUUGGCUGGCAUUUCAGCUUGUCUAAGGGGCCGUGCUUUGCUCAGAGGGGAGAUGACUGUGCUGACCUUAAAAUCCAGGCUUCGGGAAGCAAGAGAUGAAGGUUUUUGUUUUUCCCUUAAUUAAGGCUUUGGUGUUUUUCAAACAAAAAUAGAAAAGAUUCAGAACCUCCCCUUAAGCUUCGUUACAAAGUCGGUCGAUUUUUAGAAAAGAUAAAGGCCUUGGGUGAGGGUAGGGGUGGAUGGUCCCUAAAGAGCAUUGCCCAGAAGCCUCUUUUUCCCCUUCUUAGAGUAUAGGGGUUUUCUUAAACGUUCCUUCCCCAAAGCCCUCCCCCCUUGCUUUUGCCAUCGACCUCUUCUUCCAUUCUCCAAAGUACAGUCAGACGGUUACCCUUCAGGUCCUGCUACGCAUCUUUCCUGAACCCCAAUUUCUCAAAAUACCUCGCAGCUCUUUCCCCUGCCCGGUGAUGAGCCUGGCGUGCAGGGGGCGGAGGGAGCUGCUUCUGCCACACGGUGGCGCGCGCGCGCCUCCCAAAGACCGAGUGUCACAGCUUCUUAUACUUCUCCCCCCCCCCCCCCACCCCGACCCGCGCCCGGGCGCUGAAGAAGCCGCGCCCACGGCCUUGCCCGGCGGGACAGCGCACAGCGCGCUUCGGGAUCCCAGCGGGCGGGCGAGCGGCUGCCGCAGCUUGCAGCCCGCGCGGGAGGUGUAGCCGGCUGCGGGCUGCCCAGGCUUCAGGCUCCUCCUCUUGCCGGUCCAGCCCUUAAACGCCCCCCUCCCCCGCCCCCACCGCUCGGCGCUGCAAAUCCUAGGCUUCCCCCAGCAGCCUGGGAGCGGCAGCGGGCGCAGCAAAGGCGGCAGGAGGAGCGCAGCCGGCCGGCCGCGCCAGUCCCUCGGGCAGCGGCGGCGGCGGCGGCGCUGGAUUAGCUCCCGAGGUGCCGCGGAGCCCGGCGCUCCCCGGCGGGGCUAGGAGAGGAGAGAAGCGGGGGCUGCAGCUGGGCAAGGGGGAGGAAAGUGAGCGUGUGUGAGUGCGUGUGUGCCAGAGUGUGGGGGGCGACAGGCUCGAAUUAGGGCGGCAGAGAGGGCAGGGGAACCGGGGUGCGGUCCCUUAGGGUCUCCCGCGGCGGCGCCAGCUUCACGGCGCCCCUCACCAUGGACUUGCGCGGAGUUGGAAUGUGCCUUGGCCGCAGCGCGCGGGUGGCUGCCCGGCCCUGGGGGUGCGCGGGCGCGCGCACAGGGAUGGCGAGGUAGGAUGGCGGUCCAGCGCGACCCCUGCCGCCCCAACCCAGUGGCCCCCGGGCGGUGCAGCUGACUCGUUGGAGCGCACUGGGGUGUGGGCGGAGGCGGCCUAGCCGUGCCCGCGCCUUCGGGAGUUGCUUUGCCUCUUCCACCCACUCGCACCUGCCGUCUCGCGGAUACCAUGUCGAAGGCGGCCGGAGGCUCAUCGGCGGCGGCUGCGGCGGCGGAAAGUUGUCCCCCAACCUCUGCCAGCCCGUCUGCGGCCACUGCCGUGGAGGACCUGUCCAAAGUGUCGGACGAGGAGCUGCUGCAGUGGAGCAAGGAGGAGCUGAUCCGCUGCCUGCGGCGCGCGGAGGCGGAGAAGGUGAGCGCGAUGCUGGACCACAGCAACCUCAUCCGCGAGGUCAACCGUCGCCUGCAGCUGCACCUCGGCGAGAUCCGCGGGCUCAAGGAUAUUAACCAGAAACUCCAGGAGGACAACCAGGAACUGAGGGACCUCUGCUGUUUCCUGGAUGACGACCGGCAGAAGGGCAAGAGGGUGUCCCGGGAGUGGCAGAGACUGGGCCGCUACACGGCGGGGGUGAUGCACAAGGAAGUGGCCUUAUACCUGCAGAAGCUGAAGGAGCUGGAGGUGAAGCAGGAGGAGGUGGUGAAGGAGAACAUGGAGCUCAAGGAGCUCUGCGUGCUGCUGGACGAGGAGAAGGGCGCGGGCUGCGCGGGCAGCCGCUGCUCCAUUGACAGCCAGGCCAGCCUCUGCCAGCUUGCUGCCACCACGGCGCCCUACGUGCGGGACGUGGGCGACGGCAGCAGCACUUCCAGCACAGGCAGCACCGACAGCCCGGACCACAAGCAUCACGCGAGCGGCGGCAGCCCGGAGCACCUGCAGAAGCCCCGGGCCGAGGGCAGCCCGGAGCACUCCAAGCACAGGAGCGCCAGCCCUGAGCAUCUGCAGAAGCCCAGGGCCUCCGCGACCCCAGAUCACCCCAAAGCCCUCAAAGGACCCAGCCCCGAGCACCACAAACCCUUGUGCAAGGGCAGCCCCGAACAGCAAAGGCACCCGCACGCGGGAAGCAGCCCCGAAACGCUGCCCAAGCACGUGCUGAGCGGGAGCCCGGAGCACUUACAGAAGCACAGGCCCGGGGGCAGCCCCGAGCACGCCAGGCACAGUGGAGGGAGCCCUGAGCAUCUUCAGAAACACGCCGUCGGCGGGAGCCUGGAGCAGCUACCCAGAGCCCGGGGCACCAGCCCGGAGCACCUCAAACAGCAGUACGGGGGGAGCCCCGAUCACAAACACGUGGGCGGAGGCAGCAGUGGCGGCGGCGGCGGCGGCGGCGGCAGCGGCGGUGGCAGCAGGGAGGGCACCCUCCGAAGGCAGGCGCAAGAGGAUCUGUCACCCCAUCACCGGAAUGUCUACAGUGGCAUGAACGAAUCAACCUUGUCCUAUGUUAGGCAGCUGGAGGCAAGAGUAAGACAGCUGGAGGAGGAAAAUCGCAUGCUGCCCCAGGCUACCCAGACUAGAAGGCAACCUCCAACUAGAAACAGCUCAAAUAUGGAGAAAGGCUGGGGGCCCAGAGCCCGGCGGGUCUUGCAGUGGUGGCAAGGGUGCCGAGGAAUAGGACGAUGCCUGCCCACUCUCCCGGGUUCUUUUAGGUUGUCAUCAGGGGCUGAUGGGAGUAACAGUUCACCCAACUCUCCAGCUAGCUUCAGUGGACAUACCACACCUUCUCAGCAGCCUGAACCCGUGGUACACUCUCUUAAGGUCUUGGAUGUUCAGGAAACUAUAGAUCGUCAACAGGGUAAAGAGUAUGAACAUGACCUUAGUGAGACAGAAAAAGCUAUAGUCAGAGAAAUGUGCAAUGUUGUAUGGAGGAAACUUGGAGAUGCUGCAGGUUCGUGUCCUGGAAUUAGGCAGCAUUUGUCUGGAAACCAGUACAAAGGACCCAUGUGAGAAGGACUCUCUUUCAAACAUGACAUCACCACUGCCAGAGAGACAGAAGAAAAGAGUGGAUUUUCACAAACCUGGACUCAUGGAAUAACAUGGAGUGAUUGUACAUUGCACAUAUUUUCCCUCUAAAAUCUUUAGUGUAACUGAAGUUGUAUUUUGUCUCUCACUUCAAUGUUCACAACAGUCAAUCUCAAACAAGGUAGCUUUGAAAAUCACCAUUUUGGUACCAAUAUUUUCAUUAGAACUAAAAGUUUUUGACUCUUCAGAUGGAAAAUUGUAAUUGGGAAACCUGCAUGAUUGGAAGAGUCCAGUAGAGCCUCUGUGGUUUUGAUAGAAUUGAAUCAUUGCAUAUAAUGGUGGGAGUGUUCUACCAUAUUGUUCAAGAUAAGAGGUGGUUUCCAGCUUCCCAAGUUGGAGAGUUGGUCACCUAUUAUAUUUUAGUUAAUAAAAUACUAGUUCCUGAUGCAUAAUUGAUUUGAACGCAAGAUAAGAUUAGGUUUCUGGGAUUUCGUUUUGACUUUUGAGGUGCUAAAAAUACCACAUAAAUUUUCCUUACCAGCUAGGAGGGUAGCAGGACUUUGUCAAGUGCUUAUCAGCGAGUACCAUUUAUUUUAAUUGAUCAAAGUAAAUAUAUCUUUUCUUUUCAUCUUAAUGUAUUGCUCAUGAAGACACAUCUUGGGAACACAUCAACCUCCAUCUUCAGUGUAUUCAUUAAUGUUAAUAUUAACAGUUUCAAUUAAAGAACAAGCAAACAAUUUUUCUAAGUGUUUCCAGCAGUGAGAUGUUAAUUUCUACAAUUUAAUUUCUAGACAUGCUGUUAUACUUAAUAAACUUUCUGUAAACUUUAAAAUAUUGCACUGCAUUUAUGAAAAAAGCUUUCUUAGCCUACAGCAGUUAUCUAACAUUUUAUGAAACUGACGCAUGUCCUUCAUUAUUGAAGCUAAAAGCUCUUGUUCAGAUUGCUUGAGGUUUGAAAAGGAGGUGUGCUAGCUUUGCUUUGCUUUCCUUAUUUUUGGUGUAUAUAUAUAUAUUUUAUAUAUAUAUAUAUAUAUAUAUAUAUAUAAAAAUAGACUGUGUGUAUUGGAAAUGCUAUGAUAGGUAUUUUGUGUUUAUCCAAAUGCAACGAUAGUUUUUUGUAUGAAUGUGCAAGAGGCCUGUGAACGAAUGCUAACUUUAUAUUGUAGUUUAAGAUUAUAAAAGUAGGAAUGCAACAAUUCCCAGUUUUCUUCUAAAUUACUUAGAUUUGAUUCAUAGCAGAUAUUCUGUUGUUGCUCUUGUUUUUAAACAGGCUCAUUACACAUGUAUUAAUUGUCAUUGGUGAAGGAAUUGUUACACUUUUUUGAAUGUUAUUGUGAUGAAAAAGCAGCCCUCUGGUCUCAGAAAAUAUUUAUGAAUUAAUUUGCUAUAGAAUUCUCUAAUUAUUGUAAUUGGGUUACCAUUUAAGCUUUUCUUUUAAAAUGUUAUAUAUUUUAAGAAUAUUAUUACUCUAUAAAAGAAAAUUGCUAUAUUUACACCUUCUCUUGAAAAGCCUUCAUCAUUAAAUUGUUGUAUUCCUACACUCUGAAGACAUUUAAAACAAGCUUCUGUGCCUGCAGUAGAGCCUGCAGAAGCUAAUACAAGGAACACUGGUCUUUUGACAAAAUACUUGUGUAAAUUUUGAUACUGUAUUAAAACUAUUUUUUUAAAGUUCUGCAUAAAAUUGACUCAUCAAGUAUAUGUGUUCAUCUUAGCAAUGAUAAUAAAUUAUUUAAUCUCA